UCAUGAUAAUUUUUACGAUUUUGACGUCAAGGUCACUGUCAAAAUGUCAUACUUCUCACAUCUCAUUCAAAAAUUAGUUUCAUAAUAUCAUAAAUAAAAUUCUUUCGUCACCACGAACAUCUUAAAUUCAUCAGUUGCCGUCGCCGCGUGCCUCCAUCCUUACAAUAACAUCCGAGAGUGAUACUUCAACCUCCUAAUUUAAUGAAAUAAUAAUUUUUUACACAACUAACCAUCAAAUACAAACCAUCAAGUCAAACAUGAAGAUGUUACAAAAACUACACUUGAAUCUGCUAAAAGCACCAAUUUCCAACUACAUAAAAGCCGUACCAUGCCAGUGGCUACAAAUGAAGGCACCCGACACCAUUCCGCCAAUAGUACCCAUCAAAAUGGCUUAUAAUUCAUACCAAACAGCUGGAAUUGAUGCAGGCCAACCACCGUUGAUAAUAAUGCAUGGAUUGUUUGGCUCCAAAGGCAAUUGGAACAGUUUGUGCAAAGCGUAUCAAAAGACACUCAAUUGUAUAGUGUAUUCAGUGGAUGCAAGAAAUCAUGGUGACAGUCCACACUCACCAAAUCACUCGUAUCAACACCUUGCUGCUGAUUUAAUGGAAUUUAUGAGAGAUUUUAAGAUUAAGAAGGCGAAACUUAUUGGACAUUCAAUGGGAGGACGUGCUGUCAUGUAUUUAACACUUAAACAUCCUGAAUUAGUUGAAAAACUCGUCGUGGUAGACAUUUCUCCACAUGUAAGCUCACCCAGUCUCGAUGCAAUGCCUCCUUUAUUUGAAUUCAUGGCGAAAGUUCACAUGCCGAGAACAGGAACAAUGGCGGAGGCUAGGCAACAAGUCGAACGACAAUUAUCGACGAAAAUCACCGAUCGCGCGUUACGAUCGUUCCUGGUCACCAAUCUAGUGCAGAAAUCCGAUGGUACACAUGCAUGGCGUAUUAAUCUAAGCGCGUUAUUAACGAAUUAUCGUAAGAAUAUCGCGAUGUUUCCUCAUAUACCGGAUGCUGUGUACAACGGGCCGACAUUAUUCAUCGGAGGUGAAAAGAGUGAUCAUAUACCUAAGAAUAGUUUACCGACUCUUAAGAAACAAUUCACCGCGGCAGAAGUUAAGUAUAUACCUGGUGCGGGGCAUUGGGUGCACAGCGAGAAGUCGCAUGAGUUUCUGAAGAUCACUGCGGAUUUUUUGAAGGAAAACGUCGCGCUGCAGGCGCAGGCCGGGGCUGAGGCGGCGGCCAAAGUACAACCACAUCAUAAAUAAAUAAUUUCGCAUAAUUAACUUGUUUAAUUGAGGUUAACACACAUAAGGUAGGUAGGUAUUAGUAAAUUAUAUAUUUUUAUUACUUAAAUAGGUAAAGGAAACGUGUUUAUGUGAUAUUAUGAGGUUAUAAAUUAAGUUUAGUCAUGAAAAUGGGACAUAACCUAAAAUUUUGAUGGUUUUUGUUGAUUGUUGCGUAAAGUAGAGCUUUAAACAGGUUAAAACUCAUAAUAAUUGUUUAUAAAUUAGGUAUUUGUUGUUAAAACAUAGUAAUUUUGUUUGAAAUUAACAAAUUUACACGAAAUUAUCAUAAAAAUUAAUUUUAUAUUGUUUUUUGGCAGUUUUAAGUCAUAAAAUGACAAAUUUCUACGAAUUUAUUGAAUUAAUUUAGCUUUGGCACAGUUUGCAAUGUUAAAAUGAUGUGGAAAACAUAUUUUGGUGAUAUUAUGAGGUUAUAAAUUAAGUCAAGUCAUGAAAAUUGCCCAUAACCUCUAAUUUUAAUUGUUUUUCAAGGUUUUUGUCAUAAAAACAACUUCAAACAGGUGAAAACUUUAAAUAAUUGCUUAUAAUUUCAAUAUUUGAUGUAAAAUCACAACAAGUUUGUUAAAAAUUAACAAAUUUAUGUUUAAAAUGAGUUUUUACAAUGUUUUACACAAAUUUAAGCCAUAAAACGUUAAAUAAUUGUUACAUAACCUAAAAUUUUAAUGGUUUAUGUUGAUUUUUGCCAUAAAAACAACUUUAAACAAGUAAAAACUUAAAAUAAUUGCUUAGAAUUUAAAUAUUUGUUGUUAAAACUUAAUAAUUUUGUUUAAAUUCAACAAAUUGCCACAAAUAUCGACUAAAAACUAAUUUUUAGAA